AUGACACAGCGAAUUCCUUGGGAGCUGGGGACGAAGCUCGCCCCGCUGCAGAAGAAGCAGCAGCAACAGCAGCAGCAGCAACAGCAGCAGCAGCAGCAGCAGCAACAGCAGCAGAUGAGAGCGAAUCAGCAAUCUCAGCAGCUCAAACAGAAGAAGGGCUGCAGCAAGAGUGCAGCAAUAUAUCCUUUGCGGUGCAGCAGCAGCAACAGCAGCAACAGCUGCUGCUGCUGCAGGAACACGAGCAGGUGCAGCAGCAACACGAGCAGCUGCAGCAGCACAAGCAGCAGCAGCAGCAGCACCACCGACACUGGCAGCUGCAACACCAACAUCUGCAGCUGCACCGCCAACACCCACAGCAGCUGCAGCCGCACCAACUGCAGCAACAACGUCAGCAGCUGCAGCAGCAUCAGCAGCAGCAGCUGCACCACCAGCACCAGCACCUGCAGCAGCAGCAACUGCUGCAGCAGCAGCAGCAGCAGCAGCAGCAGCAAGCAGCAGCAGCAGCAGCAGCAGCAGCACUUGUACAGAAGCAAACACAUGCGCUUCUGGCAGCCUUCACUGCUGCUGCCGACCUCCGUGCUGCAGUGUCCUUUGAUCGAGGCUUCUUUGCUGCUGCAGCUCAAGGGAACCAGCAGCAGCAGCAGCAGCAGCAGCAGCAGCAACAGCAGCAGCACGCAGGGCCCAGAACAAGCAGCAAGUGGGGGCGCAGCUGAGUGCAGCUGCAGCAGCAGCAGGCACCGAGGCUGCCAGCUGCUGCUGGCAGAGUUUCGCCGUCUGUACACUGCAUCUGCUGCGAGCUGCAGCAGCUGCAAGAGCAGCAGCAGCAGUCGCUGCAGCAGCAGCAGCAGCACCUGCUGCCGCAUCAAUCCAGAGGAAACACAGCAGCAGCAGACUGAUGAAAGAUGCUGCAGCAACAUCUGCUGCUGGGCAGGCAGCUGGAGAGCAGCAGCAGCAGCAGCAGCAGAUCCGCGAGUGGAGGCAGCCAGUAUGCUGCUGGAGACAGCACUGGCUGUGGCGCUCGUGCGUUCUGAGCUUCGUACUGUCUCCUGUCUCCGUUCAGCAGCAGCAGCAGCAGCAGCAGCAGCAGCAGCAGGAGCAGCAGCAGGAGCAGCAGCAAGCCACAGCAGCAGCUGCAGCCACAACAACCCCUCGGCGGAGAUAGGCCGUCUGCUGCUUCAGGCUGCGCCGCUGUCGGGCUGGCACUCAGCUGUGAUAAGCGCGGCACCCUUUUGUUCUGGCGCGGUUGCCUUGGAGCGUCUGCUGCUGCACCUCUGGGGAGUUUUGCUUCAGCAGCAGCAGCAGCAGCAGCAGCAGCAGCAGUUUCUAGCAGCCAGAAAGGGUACUGCUCCUGGUAUGCUGCUGCAGCAACAGCAGCAGCAGCAGCAGCUUCAGCAGCAGCAGCAGCAGCAGCAGCAGCAGCGCCAGCUUCAGCUGCAGCAGCAACAGCAGCACCGGCUCUCAGCUGCCUUGUACGCCCCUCUCCCAAUGCUGCAGCAGCAGCGCCCACGGCAGCAGCCUGCUGCUGCUGCAGCCAUCGCUGCAGCAGCAGCAACUGCAGCAGCAGCAACUGCAGCAGCUACACGCCCCAACUAUAGCACUCCGUUGCCGCACCCCGGAGAAGCAGCAGCAAACUCAACAACAGCAGCAAGAGCAGCAGCAAGAGCAGCAGCAGCAGCAGCAGCAGCAGCAGCAGCAAGAGAAGGGGCCUCGCUGGCUUCGGUGCCCAAUCUCCACAAUGUGGGUACAGCCGGAGGCCCCCUGAAUGCUGGCUUCGGUGCCCAAUCUCCACAAUGUGGGUACAGCCGGAGGCCCCCUGAAUGGCUGGCUUCGGUGCCCAAUCUCCACAAUGUGGGUACAGCCGGAGGCCCCCUGAAUGCAGCAGCAGCAGCAGCAGCAGCAGCAGCAGCAGCAAGAGGCAGAGCUGCAGCAACUGCUGCAGCAAGAGACACAGCAGCAACUGCAACGGGAGACACAGCUACGCCGAGGGACGCAGCUGCUGCAGCAGCAGCAGCUGCAGCAAGAGACGCAGCAGCAGCAGCAGCAGCAGACACAGCCACAGCAGCAGCAGCAGCAGCAACUUCAGCAGCAGCAGCAGCAGAGCAGCAGACGCAGGGAGGGGCCCCCGCAGAGCAGCAGAGCGGCCUCAAGAGGCCUUCUUAUCGGGGUGUAUGUACAGCUCCAUCAAUAGAUUAUAUUCACUCACUACGCGCUGCUGCUGCUGCUGCUGCUGCUGCUGCUGCUGCACCAGCAGCAGCAGGAAGUACAGCAGCAGCAACUACAGCAGCAGCAUCGACUGCUGCAGCAACUACCCAGAAACUUGCUGCUACAGAGGCGUUCCGAAGCAUGCAGCUGCAGCGGCACAAGUCCAUGCUGCUGCAGAUGCUGCAGCAGCAGCAGCAGCAGCUGCUGCAGCGGUAG